AUGUUUUUGCUGUUUCAAAUUUUGGUGACGAUUUUAUUCCUUUUUUCACCGGUGAAUUGCAACUAUAACUACACUUCUGGACAAGUUGAAGCAUACAGGAAUUUUCUGAAUGAGCAAUCGAGAUUGGUUUCGGAUUUAUUCAAGAAUUAUGAUCCGGAUGUUAGUGGGCUCUAUACUUUGAGUAAGUUUGGAACAAAACUCCUGACUUAUUAGAAGUCUCAAAAUCCUAAUUCCAGGAAGUUCUAAUUUCAUAAAUCAAUCCGACUAUGAACAUCCCCCAAAAAAUGCAACUAAACUUCCAAUGCAACAUGAUGAAACUAAUAGAUGUCGUUGA